AUGCCUGAAGUUGAUGCUGAGAUUUUACUGAAUGCAAACAAAGGACUGACAAUUGGUUUUAUCAUCUGCAUAUGCAUUAUAAAUAUUUUGCUGAUCAUCAAAACAGCUUUUAAAAACUGGUUCCUAUACAGCCCCAAGUAUGUAACCAUAAUUUCUUUGGCCCUUGGGGACAUUUUCCUGGCCCUUUACUCUCUGGUGAUCUACUGUAGAAUUGUAUUUGAGUCCAUCAAUUUAGGAUGUAGACUGAUGGUGUCAUACUAUGUGUAUCUCUACUGGGUCAUUCACUCUGUGUAUGGGAUAGGAUUGAUCGUCCUAGCAGUGGAACUCGUGAUUCGCUAUAAACAACGGUUUGUGAUCAAGAAAACAUGUUCAAGCAUCCUGAUAGCUGUAACAUGCGGCAUGAUUCCAUGGAUCGUGGGAUUAGCAGUUGUUUUACCCGUGACACUAGUGGGCUUUGACUGGGACACUUGCAGACAAGACAUAGAAUCUGAUAGAGUCUUGGCGAGGCAUUAUGCAUCUGUUAUCAUCCCAGCUGGAUUGGCUGUUAUCGUAUGUAUCGUUGUGUGCUGCAUACCUCUAACUCCACGGGCGAUAAUGUAUGGGACCGAAACACACACAAGAGGCAUGGUAAUCCAUACAAAUAACGCACCAAGUGUAAUACCUGUGAACGUCACGACAGUAAACUCUGCAAAUCCAUACCAAACAGACAAGAGCGGAUCCUGGAAUAACUCCUUUGUUAACACAGCUACCUCGAAUUCAACCACUUCGCACCACGUCUCCGGAGAACCACGAGCAUUUGUCCCAGUCCCCGACUAUGACCAGGCUGAACCUAUUGUUGUUGGAGCUGGCAGAGAGAAGAUAGUAUUGCUGAUCACUGCCAUCCUGUUCUUCCUUUGUGUCGUCCCUUUAGCGGCUUGGAAUAUGUAUAUUUUGCUGGGAAAUGUUCUCACAGACUUGAGCUUGUUUGCCAUCACUUUUCUGUCGCAAGCUUUUCUUUGGCUGUCUGUGUUUAGAUCUCUCAUAACACCUCUUAUCUGGCUUGGCUGUUCCAGCAGAUUUUAA